AUCCUUUUCCGUAAACAGUUCAACUAAGCGCAUACAGUAAAGCUAAAGUGAGGGCACAGUAACUGAUUAAAUAAGCUGUAAAUGCGUCUUAUAGUUGACUUUUAAUUUUGAUGUAUUUCAUAUUGUUCUCUGUGUUGGGCUGUUUAUCAACAUGCCAUGGUUUUGGAGAAAGGGAUGAAAAUCAGGACCACUGUGCACCUUUGAAGCAGUUGCUUGAAUCCUCAUCAGUGUCAGUGGAGCUCAGCAAAAAAGGUUUUCACAGGGAAGCAAUAACCACCGUUGAGCUCAGACCUGAUGUGCUCGGUGCUGUCAGAGUGUUGCUGGUUCAUAGAUGGCCCAGAGGUGUCUACAUUGAUCCAUAUCAACUCGCAUCCCUGAGUGAUCAAAGUGAUUGGCGGAUAUUACUAGAUUCUGCCAUUGAUCUAGAGUUGCCUGCUCACAAGACAUCAGGAUUUGUCACCUACGUGUAUCCCUCCCCUGUUGGCCCAACUCCAAGAAUGCUAAAAGUAACAAUUCCAGUACAUGGGCGAUACCACGAGCCAUCUUUUGAUGGAAAAACAUUUACAUCGGUUGAUAUAGGAGCUCCAGAGCUGCUGCUGCGAACAGAAGAAUGCACACAGUACAACAGCUUAGGGCCACAUAGCAUCAUGGAGGCCCCAUGCACUGUCAGCAAUUCCAGCACUUGUCUGUGGGUUAAAGUCCAGCAUCAGCAGAAGCUCGGCCCCAUGAGAUUCCAGUUUCCAGUUGGUGACGGGUCUUUAGUGACACCCGUGUGUGGUGGAACUCUUCUGGCCACAAUGAUCUGCUGUGUGGCGCUGUCCAAAUACAUGUGGAAGCAUCGACUCAUUUAAGCAGCGACGGUCAACAUACUUUGUGUUAAGCGGCUCAUGUACAGUACUGCCUGAAACCAAAAUCAUCCCCAAGGAAUAGCUCAGGACACAUGUGAAGAUUAUACCUUCCUAUUUACACACUUUAAAGCACUUAAAGGGGGAGUCGGCCAUUUAUGUGAAAUACUGUUGAUAUUUGAAAUUAAUAGUCAAGCAGACACAAAUGUCCCUUCAGUGCUUCAUCAGAAGCAUCAGGCUACUCCACCUUUAACUUAACAAGUGUGCUGCCACCACUGUUUCAGAAAGUCCUUAACCUUAAGUUUACGAUAUUUUCACUACCUAAUAAUAAUAAUAAUAACAAUAAGUCAGUUGUCUCCUUUUUAUGUGCUCUGUAUAGAUUGUGUCUUAAGACAUUUGCCAUUCUGUGGCAACUGAUUCAUGCUAAAAUAGCAGGGCCAUUAUAGUGUAGUGUAGUAAGGCUGGUUGUUUGAUACCCAGUAUUGCUAGUACUGCCUUUGUAAGAUCCUUUAUUUUAAAACUCUGCGCUCUCACUCAAUUUAAAUAAAGAGAUUUUUAUUAUUGUUUA